GAUGCCAUCAUCUGAGUCGCCCUCCUCAUGCUGCGCGUCCUGCAUCAGUCUGAAGGACAGAUGUCCUCGACCUCAGGGACUCGUCAACCUGCUCAUCACUAAAGUCUGUUUGUUUGCUCUGCUGUUCGGGAUCGUCUGGUCCAUCACGGGAAAAGAGUGUUUACCUGGAGGGAACCUGUUCGGCAUCAUCAUCCUCUUCAUCUGCUCCGUGCUGGGAGGGAAGCUGGUGGGAAUGAUCCAGCUGCCCACACUGCCCCCCUUUCCUCCUAUCUAUCAGUAA